GAAGAGUCGUAUUCGCCAGGUUUAGCAACCAGAGACUGAGUGUAUUCCCGGUGUAUUGAAUAACACCCGUCGAAAAUGCCGAACCCCAUCGUUUACUUCGACAUGACUGCCGGAGGAAGAUCGGUUGGCCGUAUUGAGAUGGAGCUUUACAAGGACAAAGUGCCGAAGACCGCAGAGAACUUCCGCCAAUUGUGUACCGGUGAGGCUGGUGUCGGCAAGUGCGGCAAGCCCCUCCACUACAAGGGCUCGACCUUCCAUCGCGUCAUCCCCGACUUCAUGUGCCAAGGUGGCGACUUCACCAAUGGUAACGGCACUGGCGGCGAGUCCAUCUACGGCACCAAGUUCGCGGACGAGAACUUUAGUGAGAAGCACACCGGUCCAGGCAUAUUGUCUAUGGCUAACGCUGGCCCCAACACCAACGGGUCACAGUUUUUCAUUUGCACGGUGUCGACUCCUUGGCUGGACGGCAAGCACGUUGUUUUCGGCCGCGUCAUCCGGGGCAUGGACGUGGUGAAGCAGCUGGAGGGUCAGGGCUCCUCCAGUGGCAAGACCCGGGUUCCUAUUGUCAUCGCCGAUUGCGGCCAGUUGGCGUAAAAGACUAAUGACAUGGACGAGAGUCGUACGAUUAUGCUGCUACGCUUUCCCUCAAUCGUGCAUUCUGUUCAGUGAAUGACGGGUCGGUGUGCAUCGUUCUUCCCGCACGAUGAAAAUAUUUGUUAUGCGCCCCGUUUCGGGUGUGAAGCAUGUGCUCGCCCGUAUUCGUUGGGGUUGGUCGUACUCGAUACUGCCGAGCCGAAUUUGUGGCGAUUGUCGGAGGCUUCUUCCUUCCAUUGACAAGAUGUGGGGCAGCCAUAGCUGAACUCCAUAUUGUUGUGGCCAGAUGCGAAAUGAUGUAAUAACUAAGAACGGAACUACCCCUUUCC